AAUUAUGUCUCCAGUCAAGAGAAACUGGUCCAUGCUGUGCAGCAUUUUCCCAAUUUUUCUUUGACGCUCAAACUAGGUCUUGCCAGAACUUUACAUAUGGUGGAUGUCAGGGUAAUUUAAACAACUUUGCCACAAAGGAAGCAUGUGACAAGAAAUGUUAUCAUCACAUUCUGGCAGCCAG